AUACUAUGAGGCUUACAUGACACUCAUUAUAAGUUGUCUUCGACACGAACAAAAUGUUGCAAUCGGUCUGUAGACGUGUUCCUUUUAAGAGAUCUCUGACUGCCCAGUUAAGCAAGAGGUUUCUGAGUCAAACAAAAGAUGAGAGUCUCACGAUUUGCAGUCAAGAAGAUGGCAUAAGGAGAAUUGUACUAAACAAUCCAAAACGAAGGAAUGCCCUUUCCUUGAAAAUGCUGGAUGCAAUUAAGUCAAACCUACUUCAAAAUGUAGACUCUGAACUUAGAGUUAUUGUCUUGUCUGCAAAUGGAGGUGUUUUUUCCUCUGGACAUGACCUUAAAGAACUGACAGAAGAAGAAGGAACUGACCAUCAUGCCCAAAUCUUUCAUCGUUGCACUGAAGUCAUGACACUUGUUCAGGAUAUUUCUGUUCCUGUCAUAGCACAAGUGAAUGGACUUGCAACUGCAGCAGGAUGCCAAUUAGUAGCCAGUUGUGAUAUUGCAGUAGCCUCCUCUAAUUCACAAUUUGCUACACCAGGUGUCAACAUUGGGUUAUUUUGUUCUACUCCUGGAGUUGCUUUGGCUCGUGCUGUACCUAGAAAAGUGGCAUUAGAAAUGUUAUUUACUGGCAACCCUAUUAGUGCAGAUGAUGCUCUUAAGUCUGGCCUCCUUAGCAAGGUUGUACCUGAGGAAAAAAUAGAAGAAGAAGUCAAUGCGAUUGCUACAAAGAUUGCUUCAUUAAGUCAGCCUGUUGUAGCUAUGGGAAAGUCAUGUUUCUACUCACAAACCAUGAGAGGACGGGAUCAAGCCUAUGUAGAGGCGGAGGCAGUGAUGGUUGAGAACCUGAAGCUUCGUGAUGGGCAGGAAGGAAUCAAGGCUUUUCUUCAAAAAAAGAAGCCAUCUUGACACACAACUGACUGUCAUUAUAUUCAAUUGCGUUGGUUUCGCUUUACUUCACUACGCUCUGUGAUUGGUUAA